CCAAAAGAUUCUCCGUCGCAGCGCCUCGAGAUUAGGGUCGCGGCGCGUUUGAGGGCAAUUGGGGCUGAGGGCGCUGAGUCACAGGCAGAGAGGCAAAUCGUCUCGUCGCCUUCGAUCAACCACGGCUCCAUCGUACGGCUCUUACGGCGCGACUGCGGUCGUUUUGCGGCGAAGAGUCAAGGAUGGGAGGCAAGAGAUUGGCAAUAUCAUGGCAAUGAGGCCGACUUCUCAGCUGCCGCUCAGCAGGAAGGAGGAGAAGGCGCGGCAGGUCAUUAGGUAGGCGGCGCGGCGGACGCGGCUCAAGAUUGGCCUCGACGGCAUCGAAGGCCGCGAGCGGUGUGAUGUCAACAACAGGCUAAGGGCCAGGGGUUAUCAGCCAACCAGCCAGUCGGCCGUCCUUCGUCCUUCGUCUCUCCGUAUCCUGAACCAUCACGGCCACGCACCCUCACCCAGUCACUCACCACCUCGCCCGCCAUGCAGAUUACCUUCGCUCCUUUGAUGCUGCUGCUGCCGCUGCUCGCCAGCGCAAUCCUCGUGUCUGCUGACAAGCGCAGGCACAUGUUUGACAAUCCUCACGCAAAGAGAGCACAUAUCGACCACUUGGGCAGGCGAGACACGAGCAAGAACGGCAUGCCCUAUCCUACGGCAGGCACAACAAUCCCCUCUCAGAUCCCUCAGGUCUGGCGAGACAAGCUCAAGCAAGCCGAGGACUCGGGCAAGAUCCCCAAGCUGCCUUCGUCCAAGACGAACAUGCAGACGGGCCUCUCCGUCUAUCCGACCGGCACAAGCGACCGCGACCUCUGCGCCUGGACGAACACGCAAUGCAUCCCCCAAGGCGCCAUCUCUGAAGCGCCUGCCAAGGUCGUAGGGAUGGCAGUAGAUGAUGGACCAGUCACGGAUGCUAUCGCCUCUGUCUCGCCCAUCGUCCAAGAGCACAAGGUAUCCAUGUCCCACUUCCUCAUUGGCUCGCAGAUCAUGUGGGACGUGCCUGCCAUGAAUACGCUGGUGCAGAUGCAGCCUCCUCAACACUUGUGCUCGCACUCGUUCACGCACACCUACAUGACCAACCACUCCAAUGAGCAGGUCGUCGCUGAUCUUGGCUGGUCGAUGCAGCUCAUCUACGACUACUCGGGCUACAUUCCCAUGUACUGGCGUCCUCCCUCGGGCGAUGUGGACAACCGUGUGGUGGCCAUUGCCAAGGAGGUGCUGGGUAUGCAACUGGUCAUGUGGAAUCGAGACACGUUCGACUGGUGCACGCUCGAUGAUGGAAGCAUCUUCAAGGGUGGAGGAUGCGAGGGCGUGACAAAGGACAAGUACGCAAAGGACAUUGACUCAUGGGUCAACAGUGGCCAGGGUAUCGUGCCUCUCGCUCACGAGGCACGCAAAUCAUCCGCCCCCUACUUCAAAAUGUUGAUCGAAAAGGCCAUUGCCAAAGGAUACAGCGUCGGACCCAUCCCACACGCGCAGAGCCUCCCUUGGUACCAGAACGCCAACGAUGCCUCGCAAAAGGGGACGGCACCGGCGCAGGAUAGCAUUCUGCCAACGAAGCAGCCUUUUACCAUCACAGACAAGGGGUCUGCAGCCACGGGUGGCGUGCAAUGGGGAGACUACAAGCAAAGCUCCUCUGCCGGGACUGUUGCUGGUAAUACUACGAAGGCUAACCACACCUCUUUGCCUGCCGGCCCCAUCACCACGGGCGCCAAUCAUUCACACACCUCCUCAGCCUCCACUACAACUUCGACUAGCGGCAGCACAACGAGCGGGUCCAGCACUUCGAGCGGCAGCAGCUCCAGCAACGGAAGCGCGGCAGGCCCGACUACCAGCCCGUCUCCUAGCGGUGGAGUUGUUGCCACGCUCGAUGGCGCAAGCGUUGCCGCUGCCUUCUUUGCGGCUAGUCUGGCCGCUGCGGUUGCUUUCAACCUCUGAGGGUGAGCCGCGCAGUGCCAGGUACCGAAUGGACUUGAAUUGCUUCCUCUCCGCUUUUCUGGCUGCUACACCCCGCUGCUGUCUUCACGCUUCUUGCGCGCCUGUACAUAUACACAAGUGCCGCUCACGCUUCUGAAUCGGGCCUAUCGAUCGUUGAUUUCUUUCCUCUCCCUAUCGUGUUACCCU